AUGAAUGUCGAACAACUACACCAUUGCUUUUUUGGGUCUCUUCAAGCAGAUCCUAAUGUAAGAAGGCAAGCAGAGGCACAAUUGAACGAGCUCUCACAUCAGGUUGGGUUUUUAGCAGCUUGUUUAGACAUUCUUUCCACACCAGAUGUCCAGCCAAUUGUUAAGCAGUCAUGUUCAAUCUACUUCAAGAAUGUAAUAUUGAAAAAUUGGACUGUCGGUACCUUAAUAGACAAUGAUGAAAGACCAAUUAUUAGAGAGAGACUACUUGUUUCAAUUGUCAAACUCGAUAAGAUUUUAAGAAAUCAAUUGCUUCCUGCAUUGUCCUUGAUCAUCAAGUUUGACUAUCCAAGUACUUGGCCAAACUUAUUGGAUCAUAUUCUCAAUUUAAUCAAUAACUCAAAUAGUGAUAUCAACUCAUUGUAUAUUGGUAUCUACUCAUUCACUGAGCUUUGCAGAAUUUACAGAUGGAAACAUAAUUCAGAUAGACAGGCCGUUCUAGACCCGAUCAUUAGCAAUUUUUUCCCAAGCUUAAUUAGCCUUGGUACUCAUUUGUUAGAGGACACCACUUCAAGAGGUUCUUAUGAAGCUUCUGAAAUCCUUAAGCUCAUAAUCAAAUGCUACAAAUUUGUCACAUACUUGGAUUUUCCAGAACAGUUAAGGAAUGGCCAACCUUUAAUUGAUUGGAUAACUUUCCAUGUUAAAGUAAUCACUGCGGAUUUUUCAGGAAAUGCACCCGAAGGCUGGUUUAAGGCCCAGAAGUGGGCUUAUCACAACUUAUAUAGACUCUUCCAAAGAUACGGUACAAAGACAUUGACUUCUAAAUUCCAGUAUGACGAGUUUAGAGCCAACUUUAAGGCCAAUGUGUUACCUCAAUUAAUUAACGUUUACAUGGGGAACUUAGAAAAAUGGACAUCAGGAAAUAAAAUCAUAUCAGAUGCUUCCUUAUAUCAUCUGAUUCAACUGUUCGAACAGGCUCUACUCAAGAAGGACACUUUUAAAUUAGUUGAACCCCAUUUCAACUUUAUUAUUGUUACUCUUUCAUUCCGUAUUUUCAACCCCAAAGAUGAAGAGUUAGAAUUAUUUGAAGACGAGCCCGAGGAAUAUAUCCAUAGAAUAUUUGAAAUUGUUGAAGGUAACACUGGAGAAGAUUCAUUGCAUUCUUUUUUGUUCACGUUGGUUGAAAAAAGAGCUGAUUAUUUAGUACCAAUGUUUCAAUUUAUUGGUGAGAAAUUCACAGAGUUGGCACAACAGGACACUGUUGAGGCAGCAAGGGCGAAGGAGGCUCUCAUGAAAUUCAUAUCACCAAUAUCGUACAAGCUAUCACAACCAAAUAAUCCGAUUUUCAAUGAAGUUGAACCGUUUUUAAAUAACUUUAUAAUACCAAAUUUCCAAUCAAACCAUCAAUUUCUCAAGGCAAGAGUGAACAACCUGGUUUCAAAAUUUGAUAAUUUGGAAAUAAGAGAUGUUAAAACUGUCGAAAAUCUAUUCAAUGGUAUCAUGUCUUCGUUUUUAGACGAGUCCAGUCAACUGCCUGUUCAGAUUCAAGCAGCUUUAGCUAUCCAGGCGUUUAUUAUCAAUGACGCAUUUAAGAAUUCACUUGAUAAUUAUGUUUUAAAACUAAUGGAAAGAUUGAUGGAAUUGUCGAAUAAGUUUGAUUCUGAUAUUUUACCGGCGGUUAUGCAAGAGCUAGUUGAGUCAUUCCCAGAUAAACUCGAACCUUUUGCCGACCAGUUGAUGGAACAGCUAUGCAUCAAGUUGACAUCACUAUUGAAAUCCAUUGGGGAGAUGUCCAACUCUCUCGAAGACUAUGACGAUUUUGAUAAUAUGGCUAACGACAAAACAUCCACCGCACUAGGUAUUCUUAAUACGAUGAUUACCAUUUUGUUGUAUUUUGAAAAUUCGGUGGAUAUCAUCUCCAAACUUGAGGUUUACUAUUCACAGGUAAUCAAACUUAUUUUUGAAGACAAGAUUGAAGAUUUUUAUGCAGAAGCGGGCGAAUUGAUUGAAAACACAUUGUUUUUGACAAGAAAAGUUUCUCCACUAAUGUGGUCACUACUACCCCAAUUUGUUCAAUGUCUAUUGAACGAUGAAGAUAUCACAUUGUACUUAGAGGAUUCAUUGCCUGCACUAAAGAACUAUCUGAUUUUUGGCGCAUCGACAAUUCAAGAAAAUGUUCAUGUUCAGGAAUUAUAUUAUAGGAUUAUUUUGAAUGUUUUCGAAAUGGAUUUUGAUGAGGGCGAUGUUGGAUUUUCUGACUUAGUUCAUAUUAGUGAUUUAGCUACCACAUUUGUUUUAUCACUCAAUUCCUCAAUUGCUGGCAAAUAUGUUCCUUCGUUAAUAAACUACUCGAGUAAAUUCCUUAUUGAUAUCAACGAUACGUUGAAGGAGAAGGGUAAGCCAUUUAGAAUUGCUGUCUUGGAUAACAUAAUUGCCUCACUAGUAAUUGAUCCAAACAGCACCCUAAAAAGUUUAAUCGAGUCCAAUCAAAUUGAAAAUUUUAUGGCUAAUUGGUUCAACUCAACUGAUGAUCUCAAGAGAGUCUUUGACAUCAAACUCUCGAUAUUGGGUUAUAUUUCCCUAUUAAGUAUUGAUUUACAGUCCAUUGACUCGAUGGGUUUGAGUAGGGCCCUAAAUACUUGUGGUAUGAAUCUUACGAAGCUCUUUAUCAUCAUCCCCCAAGCAAUAAAGGAUUUAGAGAAAAAGCGUUCUGAGUACACAGACAAAAGCUGGGAAAAUGAAUUAACAUAUAACAUCAAUCAAGUUAACGAUGACGACGACGAUGUUACAGCAAAUGCAGGGCAAACUCCACUUGGAGGUGUUGAUGGUGAAGAUGAUGAAGAGCAAGACUACAGUAAUUUUUUCACUGGCGAAAACAAAUUUAGUUUUGAAUCUGAUGAGGAGUUACAGGAAGAUCCAUAUUCAAAUACUAGUUUGGAUAACAUCAACAUUUUCAGUCAGUUCAAAAGCUUUAUUCUUGGUGUCCAAAAUAAUGAAGGUGAUAAAUACGGACAUAUCUUUGGUCAAUUGACUGAUUCCGAUAAAGAGAUGUUAACAAGUAUAUUAAAUAGUAUAUAG